CGAGAUCAUUCCUCCGGUAUCAUAACUAUUUUCUGUCACACCAGUCCUACUGGUAUCGCCAUGUGACUGUCACCUUUCGUUAAACUCACUUAAUAAUUUUUACCGAUGUAUUAAAGAAUCCUUGACAUUUUCAUAAACGUUUAUUAAAAACGAAACGAAAAAUUAAAUUUUAAUAAUUUCUCGUGCGACAAGAAAGUUGACGAUUUGACAUUGUUAUUCGCGGUGACACGUCACGUGGGGGCAGAACGAUGAUUUUAAACGUUAGGAAGAUACGAGUAAUGUUUGUCGAAACGAGAGGAAUCGACGGGAUUGUCGCGUGGUUUUUAUUAUUGUCACGUGCUUAAGGAAAAGUGUCGGUCUCUCGCGCAUGAUUAUAAGGGUGCGUGAUGUUAUUAUGCGAGACAAUGCGCUGGGGUGAUGGAUUGUGUGAUCUAUUGCGAUGCAAAUUGUUGGUUCUUCUGGUGCUGGUCGGCUGCAGCGACGGAUACUUGAACAUCUUUAUCAGUCAGUCAGAGGUCAUGAAGUUGAUGGGUCUCCAAGCUGAGCUGUACUACGUCCGAGAAGGGGUGGUCAAUACCUACGCGAUGAACUUUGUCGUGCCGGUACCUUCGAACAUUGCAGAUCUUGAAUUCUCUUGGCAGAGUCUUGCUGGACAUCCAUUACCCUACUCGAUGGAGUUGGAUUACGACGUAGUAGGUGUUCCGGGUGGUGUUUCCGGAAUGAUGGCGCUGCUUACUCCGAGAGUGAACGUAUCAGCCAGAGGGGAAGUACCAGUUACCUUGCAGGUCUUUAGGAUCAGGCUACCCUGUUCGGGUCUCGUCAGUGCUGAAAUUCCUUUGGCUUUGAGACUAAAUGUCACCGCACCUCCUGCCACUAAAUACAACGACACUGUUCUUGUCUUCAAAAGGAACAAGAUUUGCUUGCAGGGGGUUGAAGCACCGCCAAGGAACGACUCGGUUCGCCUCGAGCCAGGACCGCUGGUGAACGGUGCUGGAACACUUUACGUCGCCGCGACGUGUGCGUGCGCCUUAAUAUUAGUCGUCGGCAGCGUAGCAAGCGCCGUGUAUAUUCGCAACAGCAAGGCUCGUAUUCAAGAGUCGCAGAAAACACUGCCCUGUUGCAGCUAUUCAGCGGCAGACACCGGUGGUCUGGCGAGAAGUUCUGUUCUGGUUAGAGUCGACCCACGACCCGGAAGCGCAAAUUCCGGAAGUUACGCGACCAUUGCCGACCUGGAGCCACUCUAUGCGAGACCUUGCGGUUCUAGAGCGAGUUACUACGCUUCCAGCCAUAUGACGCAUCUGAGUCAGUCGACAGACCCUUGCGAGAAAGCCAGAGCACUUGCUGUGUCAAGGUCCGCGUUGUACUGUCGCAAUGUUGUACAAGAAGGCACAUUUGGUCGCGUUUACAAGGGCACGUUGGAUUUGGCAGGUCGCGAACAAGAAGUGAUCAUAAAGACAGUCACAGAAGUGGCGUCAGCUUAUCAGGCGUCUUUGCUGGUGGUGGAGGGUUCCCAGUUGGCGGGAUUAGUGCAUGCAAACAUAGCUUCUCUCGCAGCUGCUUGCCUGGAUAGCUCUUGUCCAUUAUUGGCAUACACAAGUGCGCCGGGAGUGUUGAAUUUAAAGCUGUACCUUACCGACGGCAACCAUCAUCCUGUCACCAGGGAUUUGGUGCACGUUGGCGCACAAGUUGCCAGGGCAGGGGCAUUCUUGCACGGUAGAGGUCUCUUACACAGGGACAUCGCUGCAAGAAAUUGUCUGAUCGAGCCAAGCAGCCUUCAUGUGCAAUUAGCUGAUACAGCUUUGGCGCGAGAUCUUUUCCCUCAGGAUUACCACUGCCUCGGUGAUAAUGAGAAUAGACCCAUCCGGUGGAUGGCUUUGGAAACACUCCAGCACAAUCAGUACAGCACUGCAACGGACGUGUGGUCAUUCGGGGUGUUCUUAUGGGAGCUGGCGACGAUGGGUCAACAGCCGUACGUCGAAGUGGAUCCAUUCGAAAUGAUGGCGUGUCUUCGCGAUGGUUACCGACUGGUUCAACCAAGACCAUGCCCAGACGAGCUUUUCGCCGUGAUGGCCGUCUGUUGGUUAGGUCUUUCCAGAGAUCGACCAACCAUGCCUCAGCUUCUCGCUUAUUUACAAGACUUUCACGACGCCCUGGGUGGCUUCAUAUAAAUCGCCCAAAUCCGAAAUGUUUCUUUUUCGCGCGAUUCAAAAUCGUGUCACGGAAGUUUUCUGUGCAGGAUUCCAGGAGGAGCUUUGCACCGAAAGAGAUUCAACGUGAUCCGAGGUCGAAACGAAGACACGUCUUAAGAGACUUUGGUUGAAAAUAGGUCGGCAAGAGAUGAAAGCGAUAAGUACGUUCCAAAGGCUGCAGUAUCCAAUCGAAACGAGAAUCAAAUCGUAUGGAAUUAAAAAAAAAGAACUGUCCAUUUGUGACUGUGAUCCAGAACCUUCAAGGAGGGACGCAUUUUCCUUCGAAACAGUGUUGGAGAAUUGGAAUAAGUAAUCUGAUAAACUUUCAGAUUUAACGUUAUUCGUCUAGUAAGUUCAGAUGAAUUUUUAUUUGAAUAUUUAUUCGUCAAUGAUAGGUAAUUUAUUUAUUUGUAUUAUAUUAUAUUGUAGAUAUUUCUUUGACAAUGAACAUUUUAGUAAACGUUAAAUCUAAAAGUCGAGGAAUCAACGUGUUUGGAAAGAUACACGUUCAAUUUAUUCGGAUGAUUAUUUUAAACAAAUAUUUAUUCGAAACACUUGAAACUAUGGGCAACACUGUUUCGAAAUUCCCUUCCAAUAACAGCAGAGAAUCAAAACAGAGCACGGUUGAUCGAACGAUAGCGCAAUUUCGUGGAUUGAAAUGAUUCGAUUCUGGACAAAUAAGCGAACACCAGCGACCCGAUCGGUCAUGGAACAAAAAGGUUGACGCGGAUACAUCCGUCCAUAGUAAUUAAAAGUAUAACUCGAAACGCAUGAAGGAACUUUUUUUAUAAAAGCGACAGACACGACGCCUGUGGCUUUGCAACCGACUCUGUUCGUUGUACAGCACCAUCGUUGCACAGGCGCGCUUUUUCCACAAUUAUUUUUUUCUACACUUCUUUUCCUUUUUUCCAAUGGUUUCCAAUGUAGCAAGCUUUCGACGAUCUCGAAACGAAUAGCAAUGAAUACCAGUGGCUCUCAAUGAAUAUUUCUUGAAAAUAUUCCAAAAACAACAAUCAUUUUUGCCUCGAAGAAAUUGAGAAUGAUAAAAACGCUUUUAAAUGUAUUUCACAAUUUACCUUUUAUAAGCUUGCAAAAUUUUCUAAAAAGCUCUUCGACUUUUGUUGUAGCUAACAAAUCUUCACGGUGUAUAUAUAUUAUUUUCCUUUUCCGAACACCCUCUCUAUUAAACACGAUUCAAGAUACUACGAUACUUUCGUACGCACAGCGUGACUUAGACCUGUUUAAGUGUAAUUAUCCGAGACAGUAUCGCUAUAGCGAAAUCUCCGGAUAAUCGGUAACCGGAAACAAAACUCGGUACGCGUAAGAUAUCUUAUUGUGCUUGACCUUCGUUAGGCAUAUACCUAGUGUUGCGUAAAUGGGCGGUCGAACUGUACGUACCGUAGUAGUUAACUACACCGUACAAGUCACUUGAAAUAUCCGCAUCUCGCGUGAAACGUGCAGGAACAACGGCAGGAUAUGACGCGAGAUGGUACGAUACACAGAUUUAAAAAAAAAAAAAGAAGAGGAAGAAAAAGAAUGUACUCGAUGUGUAAAUGUCGCAUGUUCCUGACUUUACGAAUCAUUAACCUUUAUCGCACUCGUCUCCCUUUCAUCCCUGAACUUCCCUUUUUCGACUAUAUCCCCCGACGCAUCGUAAAAAUGCUGAAUCUAUCACGUCUCACCUUCAUAACUAUUGCUACGAGCAUUUCACUACUACUAUAAUUAAUACUAUCUAUUUAAAGUAACUAUCGCUCGCUAUUUACUUGCGACGUCUCUAAGGUCUCGUUUAUUUUACGAAAUCGUCGUCCCUAUGAUGUAUAUCUGGUAUUCGUGGAUUUCUUGAUAUCUUUUCCUUAUUUCAUAUGGAGGAACAGGGUAGGCUUAGCGCUGCACACUUUUUCGCUGUUACUUAAAACGUUGGAUGCCCAAGCGUAUCCACGCCGACGUUAUCCUAAUUUCAUUUCCCUGCUUUCCUACUAGGAUUCUCGCAGAGAAAAAAGAUAAGCAAAUAUCAAAUCGACGACAGAGAAGUCGGAACGUUAUCCUUUUACGAUUCCGCCUCCCGUUGAUGAACGCAAACCGAAAACCUCAUCGACAAGACAAUUCCAAGUCACUGUAAAUAUCUCUAGCGAAUAAUAGUGGUGCGCCGAGUGAGUUGAUUUGUGCAGAUUCUAUUAUUUCCUACGACGAUUUAUGGCAUUAUUUUUCAACGGAAAGUAAAAUAUACGUGUUAAGA